AUGUAUGUUGGUCCGUAUCGAAGCAUUCUGUGGCUUGUUUGUUUCCUAAUCUUAUGCCGUGCCAAAACGGAUCCGGAGGUGCUUCUCGUAAUCUCAUGUCCGCCGUAUCCGCGGCACAUUCAGGACGAGUGCUUCACUUUGGCCGGCAGGAUUAGGGAACAGCAUCGACAACUUAAUCUGACAGAACACGCUGUCCUUGGUGACUAUGUCGUCAAGGUCCACGUAAUGCAUGAGCUUUUCAAUUACUGGACCCUGCUGGACGCACUGCCUCAUUUGCGAAGCCAAAGCCGGCUGCUGACUACACGCACUGAUUGGGUUAUUUGGUGUCAGCACAACACUCAUCUGGCCUCGUUGCGCGAUCUUCUCCAGCAUCUGCGUGGACAGAACCAUGAUGAGCUUGCCUUUUAUGGCCACGCCCUGUACGAUACGGAGGCCACAAUUAUACACCACUUUUGGAACUACAAGGAUCCGCGAUGGUUUCCGUAUCCCAUGCUCAGCGCCGGACUUGUUUUCACAGGCUCUUUAUUCAAAAGGCUAACAGAACUUGUUGUUCUUAAUGCCCAAAACAACAAACGUCCCAGCGAGUUUUCCAUCGACGCCUCUCAUGAGCUGGCGCGCUUUAUUUUCGACAAUUUACGUCCCGACGACAACGACCCGGAGCAUUGCGAAACAUCGUUGUCGAGAAAAAUCAUUCUGAAAAAUGCCCCCUACAUUUGCCCCAUGGCCAUACCUGCACAAUCCCCAAAGAGUCUGACAGGAGGAGCCCCGUCUUGUGCACUGUAUGCAAAGCCAAAGGAGCCAUAUGCCUCGAUGCCAGCAUCAACGACUUUAGGGGACCGGAAGGAGCACUGUGUGCACACAACGGGAUCUAACUUAUAUUUCGCAAUCAAAACCUGUGCAAAAUUCCAUAAGGAACGCAUUCCAAUCAUUGAGCGCACCUGGGCAGCAGACACCCGCUAUCGGAGAUACUACAGCGAUGUGGCAGACGAUGGCAUACCGACAAUCAGCACGGGGAUACCGAACGUCCAGACUGGACAUUGUGCCAAAACAAUGGCUAUUUUACAAUUAUCCCUCAAGGAUAUCGGUGAACAAUCGGACAUACGCUGGCUGAUGCUGGUCGACGAUGAUACCUUACUGAGUGUGCCCCGCGUCAGCGCCCUACUGAGCUGCCACAAUCAUUCGGAGCUCGUCUAUUUGGGCCAGCGCUAUGGCUAUCGUUUGUAUGCGCCAGAUGGCUUUAACUACCACACAGGAGGAGCUGGCAUCCUGCUCAGCCUGCCAUUGGUGCGGCUCAUAGUGGACCGCUGCAGUUGUCCCAGCCCCAGUGCCCCCGACGACAUGAUCUUGGGUUACUGCCUGCAGGUGCUAGGCGUUCCUGCUGUGCCGGCUGCGGGUAUGCAUCAGGCGCGGCCACAGGACUAUGCCAGGGAGCUGCUACAGUUGGAUCCGCCCGUUUCGUUUCACAAGUUCUGGGGCACGGAGCCGGAUCACACCUAUAGCCGCUGGCUGGGUGGCAAAUUGGGCAACCGAAGUGCUCCGCUUACGGCUGACAAGGAACGGAGUGCUAGUGCUUCACUGCACCUGCUCGGAAGGCUGCCUGUACCCGGUGGAGGGGUACUUCCCCUGCAGGCGGUGCUGGAAUCGCCGGGAAAGCAUUUGGAUCUUUAGUUGCCAGUCCAGCUACUCAUCCUGCCCUGGGUGCAGGGCAGCGACAUCCACAUGCAGAUUGCUCCUCGUUGCCGCUUGAACCGUGCGUCCUAAUUAGUUGCGGAUUUUUCACUGAAUGCGAAGCGAAACCUCAAACUCAAGCCGGAAUCUGCAGCAGCCCACAGCGUGGCGAUGCUGCGACAAGUUGCAUUUAAAACCAAAUUUAAUUAACACCUUGCAGUUGAAUAAAUGCCGCAUAUGCAUUCCGUGUCUGUUCCGGGUUAACGAAACCACCCAGUACUCUAUCCUCUGUGGUAUCUUGGCCAGUAUUCCCUCACUUGUGGUCCAUGAAGA